CUUGAAUGUAAUCGACGCAUUUUACCAAAAAAUGUAUCUAGUAAAGGUGUGACGUCGGCACUUUUCCCUCUAGUUAGGUGUUCGAAAGUAUAAAUAGAAAAAUACCCUCAACUGUCCAUCAAAAAUAUUUAUUCAGUUGAAACGUCCUUCAAUUCUACAUUGCCCGACUUAAAGAUGGCAGACUGUGCGUUCCGACACACCGCAUAGUCACUGUAUGGAACCGUGGUCACAUGACUCGGAAGCCCCUGCCCGAAGCACGUGACUGUGACACAGAGGAGGCCCAGGGCAGGCAGAGUACAUCCAGGUCGCCCUGGGGCCCCCCCGUAUUUGGCCAUGAGUGUGCAGGCGUUUCGGCUGGUGUGUGCAUCAGAAAGGGAGCAGCUUCCCUUAGGAAUUCACAUAGAGUGUUUGGAAUGCUCUGGCCAUGAUCUGUACCUUGGCACCAAUGAUUGUGUUAUUUACCAUCUUCUGCUAGUGGAACAGCCACUCUCUGAGCCCACAGGACUAUCUAUAGCUCAGCAAACGGAUCAGCCCUACACCAGCUUUACCACUACUCCACAAAGGCAGAGACAACUGGGACUUAAGAAGCCCAUUUGUGAACUAAGAGCUGCCUCAGCCUUGAGCAGGCUGCUGGUACUGUGUGAUAAUACUAUCAGUAUACUGUGCAGUGAGUCACUUGAACCCCUUCCAGGACCCAAGAUUCGGGGAGUUCUCACUUUUACCCUCAACGAGAACCCUGUGAGUGGGGAUGCUUUUUGUGUGGAGCUCUGCUUAAUCUCCUCCAAGAAACGCACAGUUCAGAUCUUCAGUGUGGGACAGGAGCGAGUACAAUUGAUACGGGAGGUUGCCACUCCAGAACAAGCCUGUGCGGUAGCAGCUGAUGGGCACUAUCUAUGCUUGGCCCUCAGCAGCCGUUACAUAACUCUUAAUUAUAACACAGGACAUUGCCAGGACCUUUUCCCUUAUCCAAGUGAUCAGAAAAGACCAAUUGUAAAGUGGAUCAGCAGGCAAGAGUUUCUUUUGGCUGGACCUAGCGGAUUAGGCAUGUUUGCAACAGUAGCUGGAAUCUCUCAACGUGCCCCUGUCCGCUGGUCGGAUAAUGUCAUUGGUGCUGCUAUUUCUUUUCCAUACGUUCUGGCUUUGGAUGAAGAAUUUAUUACUGUGCACAGUAUGCUGGACCAGCAGAAAAAGCAAACCCUGCCAUUUAAAGAAGGAAUUAUCCUGCAGGACUUUGAAGGAAGGGUCAUUGUGGCAUCCUCUAAUGGGAUAUAUGUUUUAAUUCCCCUGCCUUUGGAAAAACAAAUCCAGGACCUGCUUUCAAGCCAGCGAGUAGAUGAAGCUUUAAUGUUGGCCAAGGGUGCCCGGAGAAACAUUCCAAAAGAGAAAUUUCAGGUUAUGUACAGAAGGAUCCUGCAGCAGGCUGGCUUUAUACAGUUUGCUAAGCUUCAGUUUCUCGAAGCAAAAGAGUUAUUCCGAAGCAGCCAGCUUGACAUACGGGAACUGAUCUCUCUUUAUCCUCUCAUGCUGCCGUCGUCCUCCGCAUUUAUCCGCUCGCAUCCCCCUUUGCAUGAGUAUGCUGAUCUCAACCAGCUGACUCGAGGAGAUCAGGGAAAAGUGACCAAAUGCAAGCGUUUUUUAAUGAGUUAUCUGAGUGAAAUUCGCAGCACUGAAGUUGCAAAUGGUUACCAGGAAGACGUGGACACGGCUUUGCUGAAACUAUAUACAGAGGCAGAUCAUGAAAGUUUGUUGGAUUUACUGGUCUCAGAAAAUUCGUGUGAACUGUCUGAUAGUGCAUACUGGCUAGAGAAGCACAAAAAAUACUUUGCACUUGGUCUUUUAUAUCACUACAAUAAGCAGGAUGCAGCAGCACUACAGAUAUGGGUAAAAAUUAUUAAUGGGGACCUGGAAGACAGCACCCGGCCAGAUCUUUUUGAGUACGUAGUAGACUUCCUAACCUUCUCCAGAGACCAGCAUCUUGUGUGGCAGUAUGCAGACUGGGUUUUGCAGAAAAGUGAGCAGGUUGGUGUCCGGAUUUUUACCAAAAGAUCUCCUGAAGAAUACACGCAGAAUGGCUUCUGUCCAGAUAAAAUUGUGAGCUAUCUUUGCAAGUACCAUAAGGCUUUGCUCUUGUUCCUAGAACAUUUAGUCCUGGAGAAGAUGUUACAGAAGGAGAAGUACCACACUCAUUUAGCUGUGCUCUAUGUAGAAGAGGUCCAGCGCCUUAAGGCAAUGGACUCCCCAGAUGUAGAAGAAAUUGAAAUGCAGCGGGGAAGACUUCAGAAGCUUCUGCGGCAGUCAGACCUCUAUAGAGUCCUCUUUCUUAUAGAUAAAAUCAAAGGGACAGAUCUAGACAUGGAGCGAGCUAUAAUGCAUGGAAAGCUGGAGGAACAUGGUCAGGCAUUGGAUAUUCUAGUUCAUCAUCUGAAAGACUUUGCUGCUGCUGAGAACUACUGUGUAUGGAACUCUGAAGGGAGGAAUGCUCCAUACCGUCAACGCCUAUUCCAGCUUCUUCUGUCCUCCUACCUCACUCUUGCCUCUCAUGACAAUUCUUUUCUUGUGGCUGCCGUGGAUUUAUUAAAUAACCACCCUGCAGAAUUUGAUGCAGCUAAUGUUCUGCGCCUGUUGCCAGAAAACUGGUCAGUGCAGCUUCUCUCCCCUUUCUUAGCUGGAGCCAUGAGGGAACAUGUCCAUGCACUUAGAAUGUCACAGAUAGCAAUAGGCUUGGCAAAAGCUGAAAAUGUGAUUUACAAGCAAGAGAAGUUGAACCUAAGGGAAAAACCUAUUGUUCUCACGGAUAAGAAAUACUGCAGUGUGUGCCGGAAUCCUUUCCAGGAGCCUGUUUUUGUUAGAUACCCCAACGGCCAAAUCGUCCAUACACACUGCAACAAAAUCCCAUGUGAAGAGUAGUAUUGGCGCCCAUCUGCCAAAUUCUAACAAGCAAACUUGAAAUGAGUUGGUGGUCUCGGAGGUGCCUGUACUAUCAAUCUUUUCUUUGCUGGACAUACAUGAAUCAGUAGUUUUGUCUACAGGAGAUGAUGAUACAGUGGCUUUUCUACUAUGUAAUACGGGAUGACAAAUGAUUCUGCAUAGGAUGUUGUAAGGGAUGCCUUCAUGCAUUUAUAAAGUCAGCACAAAUCCCAUUAGCAAUGAUAAGAAACUUUUUCAAAAGUUGGGAACUUGCAAGCAUCCAAAAAUGUUGGCCUUUUUUUAAAGAUAUUUGCACUGAAGAUAUUUUGCAAAUGAUGUGAUCAGCAUUAUGGACUAACAUGAAGAAUAGGCCAACUGUCUUGCACACGUGAUGUUUUGCUGCAAACGUAGAAAUAUGGCUGUGGGAUUUAAAUCAUGUCUAGGUUGGAUCGUGAACGGUUUAUAGCUGUUUUCCAAAAUGCACUUGUCCACUACUCUUGCAGGUGAUUUACACUUGAUCAUCGAUACAAUUACUCAUCCGUUAGCUGAGAUGAUUGCGAUUAUUGCAUUAAUGAAUUGGCUUCUGAACUUAAUUGCUGUUUUGGUAAGUUGUAUAAAGCAGGCAUUGUAACAUUUUAAAGAUUUUCAAAAAUAUAUUGUGGGCUAUUUCCCUUAAUCUCUUUACUGGGCACGUCAGUUCAAGCUACUUGCAGUCACCCCUGAAUAAUAACAUCUCUUAACCCAUAUUUAGGUAAUCUGCUCUGUACAUCCUCCUCCCAAGCACUCAUUUCAGUACUGGUGCAGUUGCUUGAUCAGUUGCUCAUCUCUAUGAAGCACCACAGGAACACACAGUAGGCUUCUUUUGUGACUGGGGUUCAACCAUUGUUAUAUUCCCUAUCACUUGGGGCAUAGUGCUUGGGGUGCCCUGCUGCAUUAGAUUUCAUUUUUAAGACUUAAGUCUAGUGGAAAACAAAAUUGUGGGCUCCAUUUGCACUAGUGCACUGCAACAACACCGUUUAUUUGUAUAGUUCAAUGUGUAUCAGAACGGUUUACAACAGACUCCAUUCGUUUGUCAGUGUAACUGUUACUAACAAUUUAUCAUCUGUGCUCUUUGUUUUCGCUGAGAUUUCUUUGCAAUAAUGGUGCUCCAGUGUGACCAGACUGCGUAGUCCCUCUCAGUGGUGUGUGACGCACCUGUCCAUUGUUACACAAUGGCUCUUAUGGUUCUUGCUGCAUGUUUACAAAAGUGUACAGAAUUGUAUGUACCUGCAAGGAACACCCAUUGUAUUAAUCACGACUACUGUGCCUCAGAAUAAAAAGUUUACUCCGCAUUUGAUACUGCAUGCAGUGCCACGUAAUGAUACCGAGAAAUACUCUCACUCUCUUUUUCAAGGGUGUUAAAAAAUAGAUUUAAAAAAAAAAAAACUAAACAUAAUUCUAUUAAUAUAGAAAUCUUCACAAGGCAAGCUUUUAAGACUCCUUUUUAAGUUUGCUUUGUGUAUUUCUUUCGGACACUUCUUCUUUGUUCUUCCACCCGAUUGCAAAAUUACAUUUUUUUUUAUUUACAUUUAAUUUUUUAUUUUUUUUUUGAGUAGAAAAUGUCUAUAUAUCAAUCAAGUUUCCUGAGGCCUCCUUUACCUUAUAAAGUCAACAUGGCCUCACCCAUGUGAAACAUGACUACUUAAAUUACAGCUAGGAGUACAGAUACCCACAAGCAUAACUAUUUUAACUUUUCUACUAGGGAUGCACUGAAUCCACUAUUUGGGAUCCAUUGUGAAUGAUUCGGCUGAACCGAAUCCUAAUUUGCGAGAUUGAAAAUAUUUUUUCCCUUGUUUUUCAUGACAAAAAGUCACAUGAUUUCCCUUCCCGCCCUAAUUUACAUAUGCAGAUUAGGAUUAGGUUCAGCCAGGCACAAGGAUUCGUCCCAAUCCAAAUCCUGCUGAAAAAAGGCAAAAAAGAUUCGUUGUAUACCUGGAACUGGAAUGUAGUAUUUUGUCUUAGAAAUAUAGUGCACAUGAUAUAUAGUGAGUAAAGUACCCCCUAGUGUGAAAUAUAAGGAUAUUAUAAAUCACAGAGGCGUCCCAUAACCACACAAGUGCUUUUAUAAGGGUCAUGCAACGCUGAGGUGACUUCUAAUAUGCCCAUAUUUAACAACAGGUGAUACAUUAUUAUAAUACACAAGUUUCCGUGAGUCAUUUGACAGCAAUAACAUCACUAAGCAACAAUUAUAGUUGAUGACAUCAGUUAUAAUUCAAUUAAAGGAUAUAAUUUACAGGCUAUAUAAAAGGCUAUAUGAAUGGCUUUUGUGUAUAAUAUUAGUAUAAUUAUCAUGGAUGGGGAGUCAGAGGAGACUGGCAGCUGAGAUGGACUCUGUAAAGACAUGUUGCAGCUGUUGACUGGAACACUCCCAUAAAUUAGAUAAUUUCUCUAUGGUGGGGGAAAUUGUUCUCAACCCCCCCCCCCCCCAUCGGUUUGAAACAAGUGCAUCAUUUUAUUAAAUAUAAGUAACUUAUUUAUUUAGAACCCAAUGGGAAAUGUAUAAGGACAUAUCGUGCUCCUGUUCUAUUCGAUUAUUACACUUCAUUGAUUUGUUUUUCUGUGUAUGUAAAUGCUGUUUUUGUCACAGUUGAUAAGAUCUAUUCCAAUGGUAAGGCAAUUUAGAUAAUAGGCAUCCCGUCCAUAAUCUGUUAAAAUAAAAUCUGUUAUAAAAAAAAAUAUGAUAUACAUGAUAAUAAUAUAAAUUCUCAGUCCCAGUCUCUGGAUUUUGUAUGUGCUUUCAGCUGGGUCACAUAAAACAAACCAAAAAAAGCAAUUGUUGUAAUUAAACAAUGUAUCCAA